CUUCAGCAGCGGCAACUGACUCAAUAUCUCGCUACCAUGCUACAAGUAAUGUUCUUCGUUUUCUGUUCUCUUUCCUACAGCACUGCAAUGCCAACACCCCAAAGUGAGGAUGUCAUCAGCCAAUCAGACUACAAGUUUGCUGAGGAUUAUUUAGGAAAGUUCUAUCCGAUGAACCCAAAACUAAAGGCAAACGUAUUUGUGGAGAAAAUCAAAGAAAUGCAAAAGUUCUUCAGAAUGACAGUUUCGGGGAAGCUGGACAGAGAUACUCUGGCUAUGAUGAAGGCUCCUCGAUGUGGAAUGCCCGAUGUGUCAGAAUACAGCAAGUUCCCUGGAAAUCCACGAUGGAAAAACACCAAACUGACAUACAGAAUUCAGAAUUACACCCCUGAUCUCCCUCGCCAAAAGGUAGAUGAAGCGAUACAAAGGGCAUUCAAGCUGUGGAGUGAUGUUGCCCCACUGACCUUCAGAAAACUAACUUCGGGAACAGCAGAUAUCAUGAUCAAAUUUGCAAAACGCUCACAUGGAGAUUUUGACCCUUUUGAUGGCCCCCAUGGUGUUUUGGCUCAUGCAUUUGCUCCAGGAAAUGGAAUAGGUGGGGAUGCUCAUUUUGAUGAGGAUGAAAAAUGGACAAAUAGUGCAGCAGAAUAUAAUUUGUUUCUUGUUGCCGCACAUGAAUUUGGUCAUUCGCUGGGUUUGGGUCAUUCUCGUGAUCCAAACGCUUUGAUGUAUCCAACCUAUCGCUAUUGGAACACCGGAAACUUUCGUCUACCCCAAGAUGAUGUGAAAGGAAUACAGUCCAUAUAUGGGAGAAAGAAAUAGGCAAAAUAACAUGAGCUGGAUCUCCAUAUUGUAUUUGCCAAACAAAAUCAGUAUGCAAUGCUUUGUUAUUUUAGUAUGGCAAUAAUCCUUCAGCAGCUACACAAAGAGAAUGCAAUAAUAACCUACAUUUAACCACACGGGAGGGUUCUAGUUGGUCAUGGCAUGAAUCCAGCUUUCCAAACAGGGAUUGGCCAACGUGAGAGUGGACCUUGGAAUCGGCAAAGGUUUAAGACAUCUUCUAUGGACCCCACUGGUCAUAAUGAUAUUAAUUACUAAUUGUUUGCUUCUGUUUUUCAAAUAAAAUCAGUGAUUUGCCAAAAGCUUCUCAUUUUUAAAGUGUUUGCUACAGACAACCCUGA